AUGGCGGCAGGAUUCCUGUUCGGUGCGCCACAUCAGGCGCUCGUCUUCCUCCUGUUAGCCGUGGGCGUGGACGACGCGUUUGUAAUAUUAACCACAUGGGAACGUGUCAACAAGCGCCACCUGCACAAACCCAUCGAGGAGCGCGUGGCACUAACGAUGCAGCACGCGGGUGUUUCCGUCACCGUGACGUCAUUUACGAACCUAGUCGCGUUCGCCAGUGGAGUUACGACGUGCUCCAGUCAUUCUGCGUCUACUGCUCCUUCGGCAUCCUCUUCUGUUUCCUCAUGCAGUCGACAGUAUUUCCGGCAUGCCUCACGCUCGAACGCGCGCCGCGUGGAGGCGCGCCGUGACGCGCUGAUUCCCUGCAUACAGUACACAGCAGACAACAAGUGGAUGGUACCUGCGUGCAGUCAGAAGAAUGUAAUACACGCAAUAAUCAAGCGCGUCCUUGCACCCGCGAUUCUGUCGAAAGUUGGAAUGGUUUUUGUGAUAGUUAUCACGAUCGUGCUAGCGGGGGUCAUGGCUAAGGGGGUCAGCACUAUGAAGAAGGGCUACGAGCUAGAGAAGUCACUUCCGGAAGACUCCUACACGCGCGCGUUCCUCGAGUCGCAGCGUCUUUACUUCACCGCCGAGGGUCCGGGCAUACAGACGUUUUGCGGUCCCAUGGACUACCACAAGAACCUUCCGAUUAUCGAUCACAUGGCGAAAAAGUACGCCAACAGUUCGGUGAUUAUGUACGGACUCGUUGCCAACUGGAUUCCUACCUUCAAGACCUAUGUCGGACUCUUCCAUAUGUUCGAGCCGAAAAACGAAGCUGGUUUUCCCGCCGACGAGGACAAGUUUUACGUUCUGUUGAAGAAGUUUAUUGAGAACCCCAUGGGUGCUUCGUUCAGCAAAUACAUCGAAUUCACGGACGACCCGGUACCGCGAAUUAAGUGGACGUACUUUCCGAUGCAGCAGAUCGUCUCACAGGAUGUCUGGGAAAACGAGCACAUCAUGGAAGUGGUUCGCAAGAUAGCAGACGACACGACGGCUGAACUCAACGGCGACGGAAAAUGCUUUUGCUAUUCCGUUUUCCACAUCUUCACCGAAGUUAUCCGGUACGUUGAAGACGAGAUCAUUCGAAACUUCGCUCUCGCCGGCGUCGCCAUUUUCCUGACGACCUUUCUUCUCAUAGUUGACCUCUUGACGAGCUUCCUUGUUUUGGUUUGCGUUGCCUUGACAACGGUGAACAUCAUGGGCACACUGCAGUACUGGGGGUUCUACCUGGAUGUGAAUCUGGUCGUUCUACUCAUCAUCUCCAUCGGUAUGGCCGUGGAUUACUCCGCCCACAUCGGCUACACAUUCAUGACUCUCACCGGAACAAGAAAAGAGCGCGCCAGUAACACCCUACGCCAGAUCGGGCCCGCCGUUUGGCACGGCGCGGCCUCCACUUUCCUCGUGUUCUUUGUGCUCAUCUUCGGGCGAAGUCUCUCCUCAUUCUUCGCAGUUUUUAUCAUGGUGGUCAUUUACGGCCUCUGGCAAGGCAUAUUCUUCCUGCCGGUGGUGCUGGCCCUUAUCGGCCCUUCGCCCUACUUCAACGCGGGCCCCGAGGGGACCGUUACAUCUGCUUACCUGCCUAAUUUGGAGCUGAAUGUGGCAGCUAGUGACCAUGUUCAGAACACUGAAGACACAAUACAAACGGAAACAGUCAACUCGACUUUGCAGAAUCAGACUUCAAGAGAAUCAAAAAUAAUGUCAGACAAAGUGUGCGCGGUUGAAGAUUUAAAUGCGAAAACGACGAUAGAAGACAAUCAGGAAAAUGAAAGCAAAGAACAAACAAAUGGUCGUAACACACCAUUAGAAGUAAUAUUUACUUGCAUGGUAGAACGUAAAGAGGUUAAUGGAUAUGCGCAUGUGGCAAACGGUGUGGAGAAAGGGAAAGACAAUAAGAAGGGUGCUAACAGGAAUGACUCGAUUGAGCAUGUUGGGGUAGUUGAAACCGAAGACAAAUGUUUGGAAUAUGAAACUGAGUGCAAAGACAAUGGAAAUAUGAUAACCAAAUCUGAAGCGAUACAACAUGCAAAUGUUGGUGAUUGUGAGGUACAAUUAACUGACGAGAACGGCUGUAAAACAAAUUACGUGGGUGAUGAUUCGAUUCAAAAUACGUACUUGUGAGAAAAGCAUAUACUACCCGACGAUGGCGAGAGGAAAACUAGUCUAAACAACGUGCACGCCAAUUUUGCACUCGACACCACGCAUAUUCAGUACGGGACUAUACAGCGUGCCAGCGAGAUAUCCCGUAUAGCACGUGACUCUUCAACAGCCAAUGGAAAUAAACCGGAAGCAAGCACGCAUAUGUGAUCUUUACCCAUGCCGUCAUUUAUGUCAACGUUCGAUAACAAAAAUGCGUUAAAUAUUUUCACAAAGUGUAUUUUGUAUUUUUUUGUUAAAGAUCUACCACAUUGAGCGCGUUCAAAAAAGUGAAAUCUAUUUAGAUUAUACCAUUUAUGCCUAGUGGACUCUCCAAUCCUUUUAAAUUGUAUCAAUUUAUUUUCAAAAUUAGGGAUGUCUAGUAUAUUUAUUUCUAUAUUUAGAAUAUUUCUUACAGAAAUUCCUUUAAGCAAACAGCGCAGACCCUGAUGCGGCGUCUCAUCUGGGUCUACGCUAUUUUCCAAGGCCCUUUUUCAAGACGCUAGGCAUAAAUGGGUUCAAAAGUACCGUUGAAUUUUUGAAAAGCGGUGGACUCAUUGAAACAAAUCCAGGAGUACGAAGCACUGAAAGUAUUUUUUGACAAUCAAAAUAAAACAUUUGCACAUAUAUUUUUGAGGCAAAACAUAAAUUGCCUCGAAAGGUCAUUUCAAACAUUUUCAUAGUGGUGUAUUUAAACAAAAAUAAUUUGAAAUAAUGCACAUACAAGUUUGUCUGAGAAAUGCGUAAAGUGCUAUACAAUGUGAAGUGCUGUAACUCAUUACAACUCAUGUUGGUACGACUGUCAGUCUGCUUAUGAAACCACCAUCAGCUACGAAGUAGAAGGGUUUUCUGGAAUCACCACGGACGUCUGUUUGUCCUUCAGUCUCUCGCUCUGUCCGCACCACGUGUCCCGCGAUGUACUCAAAUACGCUUCAUCGUACAAUAUUCGAGCUUGCGUUUUUGUACAUCUGAAAUCUCUAAUUACUAAUAUUCAAUGUUUCUACGUUUACAAUUACUCAAUUCAAGUUAUGUCCUUUUAUACAGGCUCUAUUACAAACGUGUCCGACACAAUAUUUCGACACUUUUCAACGUACGACAUUCGUGAGUUGUCCCAGAUAAGCCUGUGCAGUCCACUGAGUUGUCCCAGAUAAGCCUGUGCAGUCCACAGAAGCUAAUUAGGGACGACUGCAGUCCACAGAAGCUAAUUAGGGACGACUGCAGUCCACAGAAGCUAAUUAGGGACGACACUUUCCGCUGAGACUGGAUUUUCGUUCAGAAGAUACUUCCUUUAAACGAAAAGUUCCAUAAAAGAGGAAAGUGUCGUCCAUGAUUUGCCUGUGCGGACUGCAGAGGCUUAAUCUGGGACGACAAUUUACGCAUAUGCCGUAAGUCCCGUUUACUUAGAGCGCGGCUGAUAUAAAGUUAUGCACCUUAACAGCUUGGAACGUCUUCUUCACAAUACGACACAUCAACACAUAUAUACACAUAUACAUAUAAAGUUAUAUGCACAUACUUCUGUGACACAUUCUAUAGUGUGUAAAGUUACUUGUAUAUAUAUAUAUAUAUAUAUAUGUACAGUUUAUUUACAUAAAUUAAUUUAUGCAAUAAUUUAACGUAUUAAUUUAUAAAUGAUGUUAUGUUAAAAAUAAGAUUUCAGUUAUAUUUAUGCUCAAUGAAAUGUGGUUCUCUUGAACGUUUAUGUUUUACCCGUUGCUUGAUGCUAUUUUAUUGUUUUAUUGUUUUAAUCAUUUGAAACGUUGAUAUCAUCGACUUCUCAAUUGUAAAUACAAAUAAAACAGUCGGAAAUGGAAA